GAUGGGGAGGAGGAGGAGGAGGCGGAGGAGGCGGCGGCGGCGGCGAGAGAUUCUCCCACCCCCACCCACCGAGCUGAGGGAGUAUGACUUCUGCAACGUCACCCAUCAUUUUGAAAUGGGACCCCAAAAGUUUGGAAAUCAGGACUCUCACAGUGGAGAGGCUAUUGGAGCCACUCGUUACCCAGGUAACAACGCUUGUUAACACGAGCAAUAAGGGACCAUCAGGCAAAAAGAAAGGGCGCUCUAAGAAGGCUCAUGUGUUGGCUGCAUCAGUGGAGCAGGCCACCCAAAACUUCUUGGAAAAAGGAGAUCAAAUUGCUAAAGAGAGCCAGGAUCUUAAGGAGGAAUUGGUUGCUGCUGUAGAGGAUGUACGCAAGCAAGGAGAAACCAUGCGAAUCGCCUCGUCCGAGUUUGCUGACGACCCCUGCUCCUCGGUGAAACGGGGCACCAUGGUGCGGGCUGCUCGGGCCCUGCUUUCUGCUGUCACCCGCCUGCUCAUCCUGGCUGAUAUGGCUGAUGUCAUGAGGCUUCUGUCACACCUGAAAAUUGUAGAGGAAGCACUAGAAGCAGUGAAAAAUGCAACAAAUGAGCAAGAUUUAGCAAAUCGCUUUAAAGAAUUUGGAAAGGAGAUGGUGAAACUGAACUAUGUUGCUGCUCGAAGGCAACAGGAGCUGAAGGAUCCUCACUGCAGAGAUGAGAUGGCUGCAGCUCGAGGUGCCCUGAAGAAGAAUGCCACUAUGCUGUACACUGCAUCCCAGGCCUUUCUCCGUCACCCUGAUGUUGCAGCCACCAGGGCCAACAGAGACUAUGUCUUCAAGCAAGUACAAGAAGCAAUUGCUGGUAUCUCCAAUGCUGCCCAGGCCACCUCACCCACUGAUGAGAACAAGGGGCACACUGGCAUAGGAGAGCUGGCAGCUGCAUUAAAUGAAUUUGAUAACAAGAUCAUUUUGGACCCCAUGACUUUCAGUGAGGCCCGCUUCAGACCAUCUCUGGAGGAGAGGCUGGAGAGCAUCAUCAGUGGAGCAGCACUGAUGGCAGACUCCUCCUGCACGAGGGACGACCGUCGGGAGCGGAUCGUAGCCGAGUGCAACGCGGUGCGACAGGCCCUGCAGGACCUGCUCAGCGAGUACAUGAACAAUACUGGAAGGAAGGAGAAAGGGGACCCACUAAACAUUGCUAUUGACAAGAUGACCAAGAAAACACGAGACCUUCGAAGACAGCUAAGGAAGGCAGUAAUGGAUCAUAUAUCAGAUUCAUUCCUGGAGACCAACGUGCCAUUACUGGUUCUCAUCGAGGCAGCAAAAAGUGGCAAUGAGAAGGAAGUGAAGGAGUACGCUCAGGUCUUCCGUGAACACGCAAACAAGUUAGUUGAGGUAAGUGACCUGAUUAACACA